AUGAACAUUCUCGACUUCAAUGAUAUCCCCAAUUUCACUGGUUCCAUCCCCUACUCCAUCACAAAACUUCAGAACCUCGAUACUCUCAGCAUAUGGAACACCAGCCUCUCGGGUCCUAUUCCUGAAUUUCUAAGCCAACUCAAAAAUCUCAGAGGCAUAUUCGAAUUGGGUUUUUUCACUCCUGGUAAUUCUACCAACAACCGGUACCUGGGGAUUUGGUAUCGUGGUGUGUCUCCUCAAACGCUUGUGUGGGUCGCCAACAGAGACCGCCCAAUUCCAAAUUGGAAUGGAGUGUUUACCAUCUUCGGGGAUGGAAACCUCCAGAUUUUAGAUGAAGGAAAAGUAGUUUGGUCUACAAAGGUUGCAACUGCAACCACUAACACCACCUCUAUUCUCUUGGAUUCUGGGAACCUUAUCCUGACGGCAGGAGGAAGAGGAGGAGGAGGAGAGAAUGGGAAUCACAACCCGAUAUGGCAGAGCUUCGUUUAUGAUGAACGCAACCCAUCGAAUACGUUCCUCCCAAGAAUGAAGCUGGAGGCAAACCAGAUGUUAAGAUCAUGGACAGAUGAGUAUGAUCCAGCACCAGGAGCAUUCACAUUUGAGCAUCAUGGUAAUGGAUCAACCGUCUAUUGGAGAAGUGGAUCAUCGGAUGGAUUAUCUUUCUUAGUGAUCUACUUGCUAUCAAAUUACAGUGCCGAUGCCAUUGAUUAUUCCAAUGGAAAUCUGUUGGACCAACUCACAAGGAAAAGUAUUAACCCAUCCCAAGUCAAUAGAAGCGUAACGAAAUUCAAUUACAGGAACACGAGGCUGAGAAGCCAUAAGUGGGAAUUGUUAUGGUCGUUACCGAACGACAACUGCAACGUCCACAAAGUAUGUGGUGCCAACGCUGUUUGCAACGUCAAUAAUACGCCGGCAUGUGAAUACUUGCCUGGGUUCCGUGCCCAAUCGCAGGAAGAUUGGGAUUCCGGCAACCAUUCCGGUGGGUGCACGAGAACCACUGCAAAUAACGAGCCAUGCAUGUUACAGAACCUGGAUGAACUAUAA